AUGCAGACACAAAUAUCGGAUAGACAAAUGCCAACUUCGUCAAUCGAAGAACAGUCAUCAAGAUAUCAAGUAAGUUUACCAGAUAGUACGGACAUAGGAAAUUUUAUUAAUGAAACUGCAGAUGAUUUUACUAAAUCAUUAAUAGUUAAAAGAAGUAAUAUCCCUGCAUCAAAUUUUAUUUUUCCUUUUUCAACUCACAUAAAAAMAGGGAAAAUURAAAAACGGUACGUGCGUGUCAAUCAUUUCGAGAAAUACUCGUGGUUAGAAUACUCGAAGGUUAAACAUGGAUUGUUUUGUAAAACGUGUGUAUUAUUUCUGACUUCAAGUCUUGGUGGUAUGCAUAMGACACAACCAUUAAAAACAUUAGUAACUGAGCCCCUAAACAAGUAUGCUAAAUUGCUAGGUAAAGCUGGAGCUUUGGAUGUGCACAAUAAUACAAUUUAUCAUAAGAAUGCCGCUCAACAAGCAAUUGAUUUUCUAACCACAUACUCGGAACCAUCUAAAGAAAUAAUAAAUAUAUUACAUUCGAAAAGAAAUGAAGAAAUAUUAGAAAACAGAGCUCGAUUACGGCCAAUUAUUGAUAGUAUUAUAUUUUUGGGGUGA